AAAAAAAAAAAAGAAGAAGAACUUUAGCCAAUGGCGCGAGGGGAGCUCGUGCGCCGCGGAUGUUCAAACGGCCGCCUGAUAAACGGGCAGACUGGAAAGGGGACAAAAAAAUGUACUGUAUCAGUCACUGAUAUAUAAAUAAAACAUAUUCGCCAGUAUUCCGAAGAAAAACGUGCACUAUAUCAGUGACUGAUACAUAAAUAAAACACAUUCGCCAGUAUUCCGCAGAAAAAAGUGCACUAUAUCAGUGACUGAUACAUGAAACAUAUUCGUCAGUAUUUCCCGUAAUUAAUGUCUCGCGUCAGCUUGAACAAUUACGGGCGCACCUUGGUCCGUCCGGAGCCCCCCCAUCGCGGAAUUUCAUCUCCAGUAAUCCCGGACGGAGAGCGCGACGAAAACGGCGAGGCGCCCGCUCGGCAAGCUUCGUUUGUUCGGCGGGAUGCGGGAACAAGGAGUCUGAGUGCGGAGGAAACAGGAGCGAAAGGGGCAAAAGGCAUGGAAACAGAGCAAAGGGGCACGUCGGACAGACAAGGCAGAUCAGGACACGGCGGGGUGAACCAGCUGGGCGGGGUCUUUGUGAAUGGGCGCCCCCUGCCAGAUGUGGUGCGCCAGCGCAUCGUGGAGCUGGCGCACCAGGGCGUGCGGCCCUGCGACAUCUCGCGGCAGCUCCGCGUCAGCCACGGCUGCGUCAGCAAGAUCCUGGGCAGAUACUAUGAGACUGGCAGCAUCCGUCCAGGGGUCAUCGGCGGGUCCAAACCGAAGGUGGCCACACCCAAAGUCGUGGACAAAAUCGCGGACUACAAGCGGCAGAACCCCACCAUGUUUGCAUGGGAGAUCAGGGACAGGCUGCUGGCCGAGAGAGUGUGCGACAACGACACAGUGCCCAGCGUCAGCUCCAUCAACAGGAUCAUCCGGACUAAAGUGCAACAACCUCCCAACCAGCCUGGCUCUCACAACAUAGCGUCAACGGCGACGGUGACUCAGGUGCCCAGCGACGCGGCCGGCUCCUCCUACUCCAUCAGUGGCAUUCUGGGAAUCAGCUCCGCCGCCGGAGACGCCGGCAAGCGUAAACGGGAAGAAGUGCUGCAGGAGUCGACACUGGCCAAUGGCAAUUCGCACCCGGGGCGAGACUUCCUGAGGAAGCAGAUGAGAGGAGAGCUUUUCGCGCCGCAGCAGUUAGAGGUACUGGACCCGCUGUUUGACAGGCAGCUUUUCCCCGACCUCAUCCCCCACCUAGAGCCCCGAAAGCACCAGGAGACAGCAGACUACUCCACCAUGGCCACCCUGGCAGGAGGUCUGGCUGACAUGAAGAGUGGACUGGCCAGCGCUGGACAGUCGGAGCUGGGCGCCAGCGUGCCGGGACCUCAGCCAUACCCACUGGUGCCAGGUCGAGACCUGGCGAGUACCACCCUGCCAGGGUAUCCCCCUCAUGUGCCCCCUGCUGGACAGGGCAGUUACAGCACCCCAUCCCUGCCCGGAAUGGUGUCAGGUGGAGACUUCUCCAAUGGCCCAUACUCCCACGCUCAAUACCCCACGUACAACGAGUCCUGGAGGUUCCCCAACCCCGGCCUAUUAGGCUCUCCAUACUACUACAGUGCAGCCGCUAGGGGGCCUAGUCCAGCGACCACCGCUGCUGCCUAUGACCGCCACUGACCCCCCUACACCCAAAGAGAUAAAGCCAGAGAGAGAGAGAGAGAGAGAGCGAGGAGGAGGAUAGUGUCACCUACAGGAAAGGGGGAGGUGAAGGCUGUGAUGAGGCCAGGAGCCCAAUCGUUUAACCCUCACCACCCACAACACCUGACGCAGUCCACUGUCAUGGUGCUGAGCUGAGACAGGAAAGCAUGCGCAGGGAGACGGCGAUGCAUAAGAUAACAGGCAAGGGGCAGCAUGCGAAACGUCUUAUCAAGGAUGCUCCACAAUGUGUGCGGAUCCAACGCAAAACGCAGCCGUUAAGUACAAGACAUAUUUUUGAUCAGUCCAUUUAUUUAUUGAUUAUUUUUGAGGAUGUGUAUGAAAGCCCGUACUUCUGGAAGUAUUCAUCAACCUUUAUGAUAUCGGGAGAAAUAUGUGCGUCAGUGACCGUUUCAGACAAAUCAGUUUUUUUCAGAGCGUGAGAUUCGUAAUCUGACUUCACAAAUGCCUUACUCCUUUGUCCCAGACAAAUGAAAUGCCACAUAACCGUCAAUGCCAAUGCUCCAAUCAGAGCAGCCGAUAGCUGGAGGUCAGGUGCAGCGAUCUGGUUGGUGACGGCCCUUUUUAAACUUGUGCUAGAUGGGACCCAAUAAACCCUCAUAGAAUUCGGACGCUGUUGCCGGGUUCCUGUCCUACAGCUGGGAUUACCGUCAGCUGGACCUGUGCUGGAUCUCACGUGCAGCUGGAUCUCACGUGCAGCUGCAUGUCACGUGCAGCUGGAUCUCAUGCGCAGCUGCAUCUCAUGCGCAGCUGGAUCUCAUGCACAACUGCAUCUCACGCGCAGCUGGAUCUCACGCAAUGCUGCGCCUCGCUCUCCACAGCUCUCCUUGUCUGAUUGGUCCACAGCAUUUCACACCGAGGCUAGAGAUUUCCUUAAUAUUUUAAUUUCACCCUUUUUUACCAGCUUUGGAAUCCCUGAAUUUAAUUAGAAAAAAGUAAAAAAUUUAAUUUAAAAAAGCAAUCUGAAGUCAUGAAAUGUACUUCAUCAUUUGAAUAAUAAUAAUAAUCUAAAUCACAAAAUCCAUGGAGCACAUUGAAAAGUUAGGAAGAAAACAAUCAUAUAUACGACUCCCUGUCAGCUGAGGCCUCUGAGGUCUGAUGCAGGGCAAGUCCAAACAUUUUGUUCUGAAAUUGCAUUUCCGUUCGAAAGGAGAAAACCUAUAAGCCUUGUGGGAGGAUAAUAUGAUCUGUUCAAUGUUCUGGACAACAUCAGUUUGACACUAAGGACACUAGCUUGAGCCUGCAGUGGAACUGGUGGUGUUGCAGUGACAGACAGCCCCUCGCCUGACUGUUAUUCUGCACUGCGAAUAAUCUGAGGAAGGGUCAUACCACUUAUACACAGUGGAAAAUCUAGACUUUAGUUAAUUCCAAUGAUUCCAUUAUGGAUUAAAGGGACUGAAGAUGAGUCUCGCUCAUAGCAAAAUGCAGAGAAAUCGUCCUUUUCCCAUAUGGUGUUUUCCAAGCCUCAAAUUCAGGUCAGAGUCCCGCCGUUGUCCAAGGGAACGAGACACAGGAGCAGAAGCCGGUCACCAUCUCUGUUCGACAGACACGCCUGCCCAACAUCCCAAAGUGCAACGCCAGCGGACUGCGAUACGAGCCGAGGAGAGACACGCUAACACGCUAAAUGGAGGAACAAAAACAGCUGCGUGCCAAGAGAGUCGUGUCAGUGAACGUGUUCUUUUUCAAAAUCUAGUUAGCGGACAAUAUAAAGUCUAUAUGUACAGUAAUGUAUUUAAAUGUGUACAGUCAGUAUGGACAAAUUAUGGGAUGUAGUCUGACUACACAGACGGCACUGACGUACCCCAAAUAGGGCAAAGCCACGAAAGCUGUACAUUGUCUGCUUCCAUACACAGACACACAUGGUGAACAGUUGUAAAAUAAUCCAUACACGGUUCUGGUCGUAACAAAAUUAUUUAUGGAAAAAGAGGUUAAUAUAUUUAAACGUUUAAUAAACAGUGAUUAAUGUGGUGAGCUGAUUAAACAUUUGUUUAUAGAUUACUGUCUGAUUUUUAUGCCAGGUGGUAGAUAAUCUCAGUCACAGGAUUAGGCCUGUUGAUUGUUUGGUUCCGGAAGUGUGUUACGUACUCAAAGAGUUGCUCAGAGAUGCUAAGAUCGCUGGCAGGUUGAAUCCUCCAGUCAUAUAAAGCACAGAGAUGCAAAGGGCUUGUCCUACCAGUUGGACCAAAAAAAUAUAGUUUGGGCCACUGGUUUGGUACUUAGUUUGGGGUUAAUAGGCUAAAUAAGAUUAAUUUCUUGGUUAAAAUGAAAGAUUCCCGCUGUUGUACAGAAUUAGGCUGAGAGCGUUUUUGAGACGAUGCCUCCUGUUAGGCGCCAUCUUGGAGUUUAAAAUAUCUCUCUCUCAUUUUCCUGAAACCUUUGGUAAUGUGACGCUGUUUGAAUCGGCCAACGUCAAUAUGACACAGAUCAGUCUUUUCCUUCAAGGAGAAUGAGCAAAGUUUUAUGUAUACUUCUAUUUUAGGGAUUUCUGUAUGGGAUGGAAUGCAAAAGUGGUAUUUUUUUCCCUACCUGUUUUGUGUAAAGUCUUAACUUGUUUUUAUUAACCCAAAGUUGCUUGGAUGCAACUCUAAAAAAAAAAACAGACCUUAGAGUUCUCUGCGGUGUUGUGGUGAACUUACCCUUAUACCUUUAUUAUACCUUUACCCAGAGGCAUUAUUAACCUGAGGUACACCAGCUACAAUCAAGGACAGUGCCUUUUCCAACUGCUUCUUCAUGGUCGCCGAAACAUCCGUAGACCGCUUAUCGUCUGCAGCAUCCUGUAGACUCGGUGAGAUUCGCUCGGAUUCGGGAGUCAGCAAAUUGGUGACAGAUCCUACUACCCAGCGAACAGGCCUGAAGCCUCAGUAGGCAUGCGGCAGCUGAUUUGCUGAUAGUGACACCAUAUUUUGGAGAGUCCACAACACUUGAUGUUGCAGAUUAUGCAACAUGUUGAAUCAGUGAAUUGGAUCUCCCAGACCUCUCUUUGGAUUCUUCCGACAUGAAUUGUUUGUGGUUUGUGUGUUUAUGGAGAGCGACACACAAUCGAUCUGAACAAAAAUUAUUUAUUUUUACGCACGCUCCUUUGCCGUGACGGACUGAGGGUACACGGCCACCCACUGAGACGUGCCCCACCCCCCCAUUAAAAUCCAUUGGUUAUAUUUUGGGUAUUACCAGUAGAACCCGGAACCCGGCUCACCAGAGAAUAAGCAGAACCUUUGCCGAUGUCCUCCUUGGGACAUUGACCCCUCCACCCUCCCCGGGAAGCAUAACUACCCCGUCAAGCCCCCUCCACCCCCACCAUAAUCCUAUCAGAUAUGCCCUCCCCCCUGCCCCCUACACGUCCGCAUCCCAGGGAUGCCCCCUCCCACCCAGUGGGAUUACGACUAUUACGACCACCCCGCCGAUCGGAUUCCCUGACCUUUCCUAAAGUGCUCCUUUCCCUGUGAAAUAUGAUUACAUUGUUGGAUAUGGGGCAUUAGACAUAUUUAAAUUCAGAGUCCUGAAGGCUGCAUAGGGAUUCAUAGAAUAUGAAAAUGCCUAUCGGUUGAAUUAUUGAACAGGCAGUACGUUCAAAUGCAUGCAGAGACCAGGAUUUCGGUCAGCUUAGUCAGUAUCCUAGGGUAAAUAGCAAAAUAAAAAAUGGAUGAAACCAUUAACAAAUGAGAUGGUUCCACUUUGACGGGUCAGGCAGUGAUUUGAGCUCCAUUGUCAUUCACGCUCUCUCUCUCUCACACACACACACACACACACACACACAACCAGGCUUGAUCAGAAUUCAGACAUGGUUGAUCCUGUUGAAAACAUCACUAGCGUGCUAAGCUAACUCGACCGAGUGAUAUCAUUUCCGGGAAUUGUUUCGUUCGAGUUUAUAUCUCAAUGAUGGUGUUUUGGUUGAAUAUCCAGCUAUCCAUUAAUCCAUUAAAGAGCUAACUUCCAAAACUUGCUCGGGUGAUUUUUUGUUGUUUUUGUGAUGAGACAGACAGUGAGCUAAAAUCAGGCCUCCUCAUCAUAUGUAACAGUAUUGGGAACCAAAUCUCACUCAGUCGUUAUCCAAUGAUAAACUCUUUAAAUUUCCAAAACUCAAUAAUUGCAGAGAAACUUUCUUGAAAAUGUAUCCCGUGGACUGAGUUGUAAAAAUUUGCUCUUCAGUUGUAUUUGGAGUUAUUGCUGCAGUAUCACUCAAGAUGUUUACCGUUUAUGAGAAAUUUUUCGGAGUUUGAAAUCAGAAACUACGCUAUUAGUGAAACUGCAUCAUUGCUCCUCACUCGCUGUCACCCUCACCGCGCGCACUGGGAUCAGCUCAAGACUAAACGUUAGCUAAGUAAUGUCAGAUACCACCUUCUGGCUGUCGUUUCUGCAGCCCCCGAGUCCCACAGCCCUCCUCUCUGCCUUCAGUAGUGAAAUUUUCAUCUCCAUCCCCACAAUGAGAAGCAAAGAUGGUCAUGUGAUGGGUACGGAAGUGUCGCUAACUGCCUGACAUGUUCUAUUAAGGGAAACAGAAAUCCGACCACAUAUCUGUAGGAUCCACCAAAGUCGAAAAUAUUUUGAGCAUCACGUUGUUUCAAAGUCAAAAGACGAACAGGAGAAAAUAUUAAAAUGCCUUCAAAUGAGUGACAACAAUGAAAAAAUGAAUAUUGAAUGAAACAAAUGCUUCCUUAAGAAAAUUGUAUGUUUUUCUUACAUUUUCUAGUAUUUCUAGUAUUCUAGUGUUCUUUCAUUGUGUCAUGUGCUGUCUGAAUAUUUGAAUGUAUUUACAGGAGUGCCAGUUUGCCAAAGAUAUCAAAUCACUGGAUUUUCCUUUAAUUUUCGUUUGAUUUUGGAAUUGUCCAGACUGCAUAUAGUGACUUCAAUAUUAGGGUUAUUUUUCAGGUUUAUAUAGUCAUUGUUAAUAUCAUUGCAUAUCCAGUUUGUAAUGGUUUCUUGCUGGUUCCUUUUCUGGGUUUUAUAUGUCAGAUCUGAGUGGUUCUGUUUGCUGGGGCUUGCUGGCCCCUUAUACCUGCAAGGGAAGGGGGCGGCAGCUCAGAUACGUGACUCUUCACCUAAGCGGGUGUCAUUUGUGAAUCCUCGUUUUAUGUACCUGUACUGUGAGACAAGAUUUAAUUAUUUGUAAAUACUUGCCAUGAUUUUAUCGGUUCUUGAAAAUAAAAGUAAUUUUUUAAAGUUGA